GUGCGCAUGUCAACGGUAUAAUCCACCAGGAACAACGCAGGUUCUAAACAAAAAGUGUAAUAAAUCAUUUCUCCCUGUUUGUUUUCGAUCAAACAAUUUUUUAGACGAGUAAAUAUGGCUGAUGGAGUGAAACAGGAGCACAAGAUCGACGAGAGUGAUAACUACAGCAUGGAAAACAAUACUGACCCCAAGAAUGUCCAGGAAUUGACGCAAUUCGUGCAGACACUUCUUCAGGGCAUGCAGGACAAGUUUCAGACGAUGUCGGAUCAAAUUAUUGGGAGAAUAGAUGAAAUGGGGACUCGAAUAGACGACCUGGAGAAGAACAUCGCCGACCUGAUGACACAAGCUGGUGUCGAGGGCGCUGAGAAAUAAGACAGCAGUAAUUAGUCGUUUUGAAAAUAACUCAUUAAUUGAUGAUAGGCCACAUCGACGCACUUUAUUGCAAUCAUUAAAUCCACCUUGAUCACCUUCUGUCAACAUUAUCAAUAAAGUAUUAUUUUUUAAACUUA